ACGUUUUCUUAAUCUGUGAUAGCAAAUGACAACUCUGUCUUCGCUUCGGUUCUCUGCUAUCAAAUCAAAUCAUCAACAUAUUCAAAUUAAAACUAUAAUAGUUAAUUUUUUUAAACAAAAUUCUUAUAAGUUUACAUCGUUUAGUGUUACGUCGAUUCAAUUUCAGUAUGGCUAAUUACAAUCCCAAUGAUUUUACUUGGCAAACACAGAAUAAUGCACAGAAUUAUUCCUUUGAUACUUCUAAUACUUACGCAGAUCCUGCUCAGGCAUUAGAUUUCCAGACAUUUCCCACUGAACAACAGAACUUCUCUUAUGAGUCUACACAGGGAUCUGUACCUGCUAACAAUAACCAAUAUUAUAAUCCAAAUAUAUUCACUCCUGCACCCCUCGCUGGAGAAACUAUUGCUGAUACAGAUUUUGAUGAGCCACCUUUACUUGAUGAAUUAGAGAUAUAUCCUGAUAGGAUUUUGGAGAAAACUUUAGCUGUUUUAAACCCUUUUCAUGGCCAAUCAAAAGCAGAUGAUGCUAAUUUCUUGUUAAGAGAUACUGAUAUAGCUGGCCCUAUAGCCUUCUGUUUAGCACUUGCAGUGUGUUUGUUUCUUUCAGGGAACAAGGCACAUUUUGGUUAUGUAUAUGGUCUUUCUGUAAUGUCAGUUAUCUUAAUGUAUUUUUUGUUAUCCUUAAUGAGCCGUACUGAGGGUGUGUUUACUGUUUUAAGUGUUGCCAGUGUAUUAGGAUAUUGCAUGUUACCAAUGGUGGUUUUAGCAGGCUUGGGAAUAUUUGUAUCCUUGGAAGGAACUAUUGGACUAGCAUUAUCAGCAUUGGCAGUAAUUUGGUCUGCAUUAUCAGCAAGCAGACUGUUUGUAACAAUGUCUGGAGAUGCAGAACAGAGACCUCUUAUUGCAUACCCCUGCGCUUUAGUUAAUGGAGUCUUUGCAUUGUUAGUACUUUUUUGAUAAGUGACAUGUUAUUGUAUUGUUACUCAAUUAUAAUAAUUUUUAUAUAAACAUAGAGUGUUUUGUAUUUAGAUAGAGUGAUUCUUAAACAGUAUACCUAGUUUAAAAUUAUUUUUUUUCUGCAACUUGCAACAGCAAGUGAUGUUUAUUAUUCCAAGUUGAAUGAGAGUGCCAAUAAUAAUAAAAAUCCAGUAAUAUAUGGCUGGUUUUCAUAAAAACCAGGAUUGUUCUUUUAAAAUACUGUCAUACAAACAUAGCUUUUAACAAUAAUUUAUACAUCUGAAUUUCCUAGAUACAGAACAACAAUACUUACAUAUGUUUAUGGAUUGAUGCAAUAUUUUGCUUAUACAUGUAAUUUAUGGUUAAUGAUUGAAUACUAAAUACAAUUUAGUAUUUCUAUGUACUGCAUAAAAGAAAUAUUACAUGUGUGAACCUGUAUGAUAGGCAUAUAUUAAAUAAUAUAAGAAAUAUGAGAGUAAGAAGUAGUAUUUUUUAUAUAUAAUUAAAACAAUUAUUAUACUAAUGUUACUAUUAUUAAAAUAUCUACCCUU